AUGCGCAUAAAACCCUCCAAUAUGAGAACGCACAAAUCUAAGAGGCUUUACGACCCAAACCUCUCCAACACCCGGGUUCCCAUACUCAUAAAUGUUCGAAGCGUUCAUUUUAUUGACGAAGAUCUGAACAACACACCACAAUCAGACUCGACAAAUGGCGACGCUAAUCGUAUGGAGCUGGAACUAUCUAGUCUCGAUAAAGAAGAAUUGCUGAUAUAUCCAUGCGAGAAUUUGCACUUGUUUGAUCUCCUUGGCCAACUUCAGGCUGUCAGCAAACUUGCCCACGUGGACCAGUUCUUUAAUAAUGUGCCCACAGCCUGCUACCAAGCGCACCUGUGUGCCUCCUCAGACAGAGAAACCUUUACUCUCGAGACAGUUGUGCUUUGGAGAGAUUCUCUUGAGACCCCAGAUAUAAAUCGCUUGACGGAAGCAGAGCUGGAAGCCUUUACAAGAUAUGUGCUGCAGGAAGGAUGCAUUCGCCCAUCAGAAUUGACCGACCCGCGCGAAUAUCGCAAUAAAAUGCUCGGAACUGUCAAGGAAUGGUCUCCUCGGGAUUUCUACAACAAUGUUCACGUUCCCAACCCCGCAGAAAAUUCGACCAAUCUCAAAUGCCCUGAUUUAAAAUGCCAGUUAUACCCGUUCCAGAAAAGAGCUGUUCGCUGGCUUUUAAAAAGAGAAGGAACAGAAGUCGGGCCAGAUGGCGAAGUUAUCCCUAUGGAAGAGCUUCCUAAAAGUAACAUUCCAGCGUCUUUCAAUUCCACGAAAGAUGCCGAUGGACAGACCUACUACUUCAGCCAUCUUUUCAUGAUUCUGACAACGGAUCUUUCUGAGUGGCAUGAUGCCGCGGAUAAUUUGAAAGGUGGAAUACUUGCAGAGGAAAUGGGGCUGGGCAAGACAGUCGAAGUGAUUGCGCUGAUAAGUCUGAAUAAGCGAGUAAGGCAGCUCAAGCCCAAGGCUGAUCCCGACGGGCUGACACCUACUGGUGCCACUUUGAUCAUUACACCACCCGCGAUUCUUGAACAAUGGAGGCAAGAGUUGAAAGAGCAUGCGCCCACUUUGCGUGUUCAUCAUUACAAUGGCAUCAAACGCGGGAGAGAAACAACCGACGACAUGAUUGUGGACGAGCUUGUCGAGUUUGAUGUUGUUCUUACUACCUACAAUGUCAUCGCAAAAGAAAUUCACUAUGCGGGGAGUGCUCCGCAGCGAGCUCUACGACACGAAAAGCGAUUUGUACAGAGGAAGACACCGCUUGUUCGCAUUGGAUGGUGGCGUGUAUGUCUAGAUGAGGCUCAGAUGAUUGAGAGUGGAGUCAGCAAUGCAGCGAAAGUAGCUCGCUUGAUCCCUCGAGAGAUUGCUUGGGCUGUGACCGGUACUCCACUGCGCAGAAACAUAGAUGACCUGUUCGGCCUUCUCCUUUUCCUCCGUUAUGAGCCAUUCUGCUUUUCGGUCCCGUUGUGGAGAAGACUGUGCCUGUGUUUUGGGACAGCCCUGGCAAAAAUCAUAAACACAAUCGCUCUUCGACACAGGAAAGGUCAAAUAUUGGAUGAGCUUCGCCUACCACCUCAAAAGCGCAUUGUGAUCACUACCCCCUUCACAGCUGUAGAAGAACAGCAAUACGGUCAGCUUUUCGAGCAAAUGUGUGAAGAAUGCGGUUUGAGCGCCUUAGGGGCGCCCCUUCGAGGCGACUGGGACCCCGAAGAUCCCGUAAUUGUCGAAAAGAUGCGUAAUUGGCUAUCAAGACUGCGUCAAACGUGCCUCCAUCCUCAAGUCGGAUAUCGCCGAGUCCUAGGUUCUGGGUCCGGACCCUUGCGGACUGUGGAUCAGGUUCUGGAGGUCAUGACUGAGACCAACGAGUCGGCCAUACGUACAGAAGAACGAUCACUUCUUUUAUCGCAACUUCGACGAGGCCAGCUUCUAGAAAAUGCAAAACGCCGCCAAGAAGCCCUCGCUCUUUGGCAGAAAACAUUGGAUCAUGCCACUAAGCUGGUUGAAGACAGCAGAGAGCAACUGCGCCUGCUGAAGUCCAAAGGCACUACCGGUGGCAAUAACGUGGUUACUCCAGGAGUCAUCAAUCUGGAUGACGAGGACCAGGAGGAUGAGGACGAAGAGACCGACAAGAACAGCCGCCUCGGCCAGUGUCGACAGAAGCUUCGAGCUGCACUCGAGGUUCAGCAUAUUGCGGUGUUCUUUACUGCGAACGCAUAUUACCAAAUCAAGAGCGAUCCAAAGCUGACCCCGCCAGAUUCAGAUGAGUUCAAAUCGCUUGAGAAACGGGAAGAAGAUGCCUACGAGGCUGCAAAAGUCAUUCGCAAAGAGUUGUUGACUGAUAUUUCCCGAAAGGUGGAGCGCUACAUGAAAGAAAUCAAGAUUAAGGCAGAAGACAAAAAAUUCGUGAACAUCCCGAAAUUGAAACCCCAGCUCUACAGCAAAGGAGUGGAGUCAUACAAUCUGCUCAGCAAAUUUGAAGAUUUCUGUGACGCUCUUAACAAGCAUGCCGACCAAUACAAGGAAUGGCGGGAUGCCAUGGUCAAAUUGCUCUCUCAGUCACUUAUUGACCAGGAAGAAGAAGCAAAGUUGGAGGGCGAUGAGUAUGAGCGGUCAACAAAACAUCAAGAUGAGAUGUAUGUCUACAUGGAGGCUUUGAGGUCAAUGUACAGCGACCGUUAUGAUGCUCUCACCGGUCAAAAGAAUACUCUCAUUUCCCACGAAGUCAAAGCCGGAAUCGUCCAGGCCCAAAAAGGCGAGGGGCCCUCUCCGCAACUAUUUCUCAAGAUCAUGGAAACUCGCAGCCAGAUUAUGCCUGAUCCUAAUCUUGGGUCGCUCCGCAACAUUGUCAGUGAGCUUCGCAAACUUGUGACAUCGCUGGAUUGGCAAGCCAGCUCGGGCAAUUCGCGUGCUCGCGCUGAACAUGAGAUCGUCGAAAUGGUCCUGAAAAACGCCGGUCAAAUGGUCGCCGAGCAACUGAAAAUAGCGAACAAACUGAGCAGAGAAGUUCAAAUGUUCCGUGACACCAUGAACAAUCGACUGGAGUAUUAUCGUCACCUGCAGCAGAUUUCGGACACGGUGGCCCCAUACGACGAAGGAAGUGCAGGCAAGCCGCUAGAUGAGUCCGCUUUUACCCUAAGGCUGGAGCAAGAGGAAAUCAUUGAAGAAAAGAUUGCUUCUCUCAAGUCCAAGGCAAGAUACCUCAUUCACCUAAGAGAUGAUGACCGUAACCCCCGAGAGUGCAUUAUCUGCCAAUCGACCUUCGAAGUUGGUGUGUUGACUGUGUGUGGUCACAAGUACUGUAAGGACUGUUUGCGAAUGUGGUGGGCUACACACCAAAAUUGUCCAAUGUGCAAGAAGAAGUUGAAACGUAAUGACUUCCAUCAGAUCACAUACAAGCCACAAGAACUAGUUGCACAAGAGGAAAAGCCACCAGUCAAAUUGGACCACGAAGGUCAUUCACAGAAUGCUAUAUACAGUGACAUCAGCUCUGGUCAUCUCAAUGAGAUCAAGAACAUUGACUUAGAGGGUUCUUACGGGACAAAGAUUGACACUUUGGCCCGGCACAUCCUAUGGCUGCGAGAACACGACCCUGGCGCAAAGUCAAUCAUCUUCUCUCAAUACGGAAGCUUUUUGUCGGUAUUACAGACCGCAUUCGGAUCUUUUGGAAUAGUCACCACCAGUAUUGACUCUCCCAAUGGCAUUGAGAAGUUCAAAACAGACCCGGCUAUCGAGUGCUUUUGUUUGCAUGGCAAAGCACAAUCGUCCGGGCUGAAUUUGAUCGUUGCAACUCAUGUCUUCCUAUGCGAGCCACUGAUCAACACGGCAAUCGAGCUCCAGAUCAUUGCUCGAGUGCAUCGUAUUGGCCAAUAUCGACCGACAACAGUAUGGAUGUACCUUGUCUCCGGCACGGUGGAAGAAUCCAUAUAUGAGAUCUCAGUAACCCGACGCCUGGCUCACAUCCUGGAGAAGGAGAAGCAAUACAAAGCAGCACUCUUGACAUCUCCUGUGGAUGAAGAUGGUGUUACUGAAGCGGCUAUUGAAUCUGCCAACUCGAUAGAACUACAAGAUGCCACUCUCACCACCAUUAUGCAACGCGGCAGCCUAGGUGGGGAGAUAGUGAGGAAAGACGACCUUUGGCAGUGUCUCUUUGGAAAUAACAAGAAGAAAGAUGGCACUGAUCUUUCGGCUGAGGCAGAAAGGGAGGUUGGUCGGUUCUUGAGAGGCGAAGCUGCUGAGCAAAGAAUGGAAGGUUGA